AUGUGUACAGACAUAAAAACAGAUAAAGCAGAGAUUUAUAUAAACAGUGCGCCUGAAUGUGCAGAUGCUCUGGUGAGCCUUUCCAAGGAGCACAAGAAGGCGCUAAGUAAUUUCCGAGACCAGAUCAGGUACAAGGACUACAAGGGGCUUAUUAGGACGCUCAAAACGCUGGAGGAGAUAAUUAAAAGCCCAAGCAAGUACAAAAUAGAGGACAAGUACAGGCAGCGGCACGAGAUGAUCCACGAAAACAUUCUGCUGCUGAAGAACAUUCUGAUCAGUGACAUAAAGUAUAGCAUAUCCAACGAAAAGAGCCUGGACAAAAGCGCUGUGAUGCUCUCCACGAUUCUAUCAGAAAAGUACGUGUCUGACGUGCAGAGGUCCAUUGUCACAUGGAUGUCCAACAACGUGCAGACAGAGCACAUGAAGGACCUGCAGAGGCUGGAAAAGCUUUCCGAAAUUCCAAAAAUACUCGAGCUUCUUCUUUCCAUAAAAGACCGCGUGGGGAUGAAAACCGCGCACCUGCCCAUUUGGUGGAACAUUUCCAAAGUGAUUCUGUGCGACUUGACCAUCAUUGUGAAGAACAAGCUGAUCCGGGUUGUUGACCGCGCGGAGUUUUCGUGCACAGAGUACCUGGAGGCGCUUUCGGCAUGUAUGGAGUUUGAAACCACCUACCUGACCAGCUACACCAACAGAAGAGGCGGCUCGCCGCGAGACGUCUCUGUGCUGAAGCUUUCAGAGUCUUCGCCCAGCCACCUGCGGCUGCUGGACGACAUAUCAACAGAAAGCCCCAUAUGCACAGAGGAGUUCGAGCCAAACAGCCUCACGCUCCCCUUUAUUCCAUACAUACACAUAUACAUCGAAAGCGAAAUAAAGCCCCUAGCCACCAGAAACAUGCUGUUUGUUGAUAAAAGCGUGCACAGCAGCACAUACUCUAUAUACACGCUCCUGAGCACAACACUCACGAAAAUCGAGUACUUCAAGUUUCCUAGCGUCGGAUACUCUUUUUUGUCUAUCGUGGACAAAGCAGUUGCCAAGAUCAUAAGAAGGUCGCCAUUUUCUGAGGCACACAAAAACUUCAUGUCCGGCAUUGAAACGGUGUAUUACAUCGAGCAGGUCACCCGAGAAAUGCUGCAGAAGCUGCAGAAAACGUUCAACGUUGCGAGCAAGGCCUCUCCAGAGACCACGGACGCGCUUGACGACUUGCUGCACCGGGUGUAUGCGUCGUACAUGGUGAAUAUACAGGGCAAGCUUGCGUUUUUAAACAGAAAGGUGCUGAAGGCGCAAAAGCUGGACAAAUUCUCUGGGGCUUUUCUGGGCGACCUCAUCAAAGAAAUCGAUGCAAUCUCUGCGGUGUCUUUUACACCAUACGAGUACUUGGUGAAGGAGUGGCUGGACAUAUUUGGAGAGUGCAUAUUUCUGACGCUGGCGGAAAUAAAGUUUGACAGGGCACAGGCAGAGCAAAUACUGUGCUUCAUGAGUGCUUUGGAAAUUCCACUGAAAAGCGCCAUACUCAUGAAGCUGCACAUGGACAUACAGUACUCCAUAUUUGACAAGGCAAAGAUCUUUUUGAAGCUGUUCCUGCUGGACCCCUCCGUGCCUGAGCUGUUUGUGCUGAACUUCAACACAAUAUCAAACGGGCUGUUUGCAUUUCAUCAGGUUCUCACAAAGAUAUCAAAAAAGCAUCAUAAAGGCCUUAUUGCAGAGUUCAACAAGGCUGCAGGCUAG